AUGGUGAAAUUAGAAGCCACCAAAGAGCACGACGAUGGCCGCGACGUGACCGUCACGGUGGCGCCGGCGCUUCCGGUGCAGGAACACCGCCUGCCGCUGUCCAACCUGGACCUCCUCCUGCCGCCGCUGGACGUCAGCGUCUUCUUCUGCUACCUCCACCCGGCGCCCACCGCGGCCGGUCUCAAGGAGGCACUGGCCAAGACGCUGGUGGCGUACUACCCGUUGGCCGGGGAGGUGGUGGCCAACGGCGACGGAGAGCCGGAGCUGCUCUGCAGCGGCCGCGGCGUGGACUUCACGGAGACGACCGCGGGCGGCGUCGAGCUGCGGGAGGUUCGCCUGGGCGCCGUGGACGAGGGCGUUGAGAAGCUGGUGCCUGCCAAGAAGGCCGGCGUGAUGGCGGUCAAGCUGACCAAGUUCAGGUGCGGCGGCGCCGUCGUCGGGUGCACCUUCGACCACCGCGUCUGCGACGCCUACUCCUUCAACAUGUUCCUCGUCGGGUGGGCCGCAACCGCCCGUGGCAGCUCUGCGCCACCGCCGGCCCCGUCCUUCCGCCGCUCCCUCGUCGCCCCACGCGACCCACCACAUCAGCGCGCGCCGUCCACCAACGCCCUCAUCGACCGCCUGUUCUCUCCUCGCAGCGCCGCGCCACCGCCGCCGCCACCCGCCGCGCGGGCCGCUCCGUCAACCGGAUCUACCGCAUUGCCGCGGCGGACAUCGCCGCGCUGA